AUGACCAAGUUCAAGGAGACAGUGACAUUCAAGGACGUGGCCGUGGUCUUCACGGAGGAGGAGCUGGGGCUGCUGGACCCCGCCCAGAGGAAGCUGUACGGAGACGUGAUGCUGGAGAACUUCAGGAACCUGCUCUCUGUGGGGCAUCAACCCUUCACCCCAGAUGUAAUACUGCAGUUUGAGAGGGGAGAAAAGCUUCGGAUGAUAAAGACAGCAGCCCAGGGCCCCUGUGCCUCAGGAGACAAGAAUCUAAAUGACUUGGAGACUCUUCAGGAAAUUGGAUUAAAGUACCUGCCACAUGAAGAGCUGUUCUGCUCGCAAAUCUGGCAACAGGUUACAAAGGAGUUAACCCAGUGCCAAGAUUCCAUGGUCAGUAUUCAAGGAACUGGCUCCCAGUUGGAAAAACGAGGUGAUACACUCUAUAAAGAUGAGGAAUUUGGUAAAGGCUUUACUCAGAGUUCACAUUUUCAAGUUCACCACAGAGACCACACGGGAGGAAAACCCUACAAGGGGGAGGAACGUGAGAAAGGUUUCAUUCAGCACUGUCAUCUUCAAACUAACCAGACAGCCCAUGUAGGAGAGAAGCCCUAUAAAUGUGAAAAAUGUGAAAACACCUUCCGUCGACUGUCAAGCCUUCAAGCCCACCAGAGGGUCCAUAGCAGAGAGAAAUCAUACAAGUAUGAUACAUCGUGUAAGGCUUUCAGACAGAGGUCAUAUCUUCGCCAUCAUCAGAGAGUUCCCACUGGAGAGAAUCUGCACAAAUCUGAGGAAUGUGGGAGGAAUGUUGGGAAAAGCUCACAUUGUCAAGCUCCUCUGAUAAUCCACACAUUAGAGAAACCUUAUAAAUGUGAGGAGUGUGGGCUGAGCUUCAGUCAGAGCUCAUAUCUUCAAGUGCACCAGAGAGUCCACAUGGGAAAGAAGCCUUAUAGGUGUGAAGAGUGUGGGAAGGGCUUCAGUUGGCGUUCGCGACUACAGGCUCAUCAGCGAAUCCACACUGGAGAGAAACCAUACAAAUGUGAGGCAUGUGGCAAGGGCUUUAGUUACAGCUCGCACCUUAACAUUCAUUGUAGAAUCCAUACAGGAGAGAAACCCUAUAAAUGUGAAGAGUGUGGGAAAGGCUUCAGUGUAGGUUCACACCUUCAGGCCCAUCAGGUAAGCCACACUGGAGAGAAACCUUACAAAUGUGAGGAAUGUGGGAAGGGCUUCUGUCGGGCCUCAAAUCUUCUGGACCAUCAGAGAGGACACACUGGUGAGAAACCAUAUCAGUGUGAUGCAUGUGGAAAGGGCUUCAGUCGUAGCUCAGAUUUUAACAUUCAUUUUAGAGUCCAUACAGGAGAGAAACCCUAUAAAUGUGAGGAAUGUGGGAAAGGCUUCAGUCAGGCCUCAAAUCUUCUGGCCCAUCAAAGAGGCCACACUGGAGAAAAACCAUACAAAUGCGGUACAUGUGGGAAGGGCUUCAGCCGGAGUUCAGAUCUUAACGUUCAUUGUAGAAUCCACACUGGAGAGAAACCCUAUAAAUGCGAGAAGUGUGGUAAGGCCUUCAGCCAGUUCUCGAGUCUUCAGGUGCAUCAAAGAGUCCACACAGGAGAGAAACCAUAUCAGUGUGCAGAGUGUGGGAAGGGCUUCAGUGUGGGUUCACAGCUUCAAGCCCACCAGAGGUGCCAUACUGGGGAGAAACCAUACCAGUGUGAGGAGUGUGGGAAAGGAUUCUGUCGGGCAUCAAAUUUUCUGGCUCAUCGUGGAGUCCACACAGGAGAGAAGCCAUACCGGUGUGAUGUGUGUGGUAAACGCUUCAGACAGAGAUCCUAUCUUCAAGCCCACCAAAGGGUCCACACUGGAGAGAAACCAUACAGAUGUGAGGAGUGUGGUAAGGUCUUCAGUUGGAGCUCAUACCUUCAAGCCCAUCAGAGAGUUCACACUGGAGAAAAACCAUAUAAAUGUGAGGAGUGUGGGAAGGGCUUCAGUUGGAGCUCAAGUCUUAUAAUUCAUCAGCGAGUGCAUGCUGAUGAUGAGGGUGAUAAGGACUUGCCCUCCCCAGAGAAGCUCAGGAAAGAAAACUGGACAACACGAACUCGACCACACGAACUCAGCCCCCACGACCGUUGUGGGAACUACAGAGCCGCAUCUCCCAGGAGUCGCAAGCACUUCCGGCCGGGGAGGGUGGGAAUGGGACCGGUGUUCCGUGGAUUUCUGGGAAAUGUAGUCCGCCAGUUCGGUAGAGACCCGGACACGACCAGGCACAGGUCUGCCUUGCCAGGACUCCGUAUUCCAGGAAUCUACCUCUCCAGAAGCAGGAAGGAAAAAAUGACCACAUUCAAGGAGGCCGUGACAUUCAAGGACGUGGCGGUGGUCUUCACGGAGGAGGAGCUGGGGCUGCUGGACCCCGCCCAGAGGAAGCUAUACCGAGACGUGAUGCUGGAGAACUUCGGGAACCUGGUCUCUGUGGGGCAUCAGCCAUUUAAACGCGAUGUGGUCCACUUGGUAAGAGAAGAAAAGUUUUGGAUGGUGAAGUUAGCAACCCAAAGAAAAGGCAAUUCAGGAGAAAAAGUCCAACAUGAGAUGGAGACUAUUCCUAAAGCAGAACCACAUGAAGAACUUUCCUGCUGGCAAAUCUGGCAACACAUUGCUAAUGACUUAACCCGGUGUCAAGACUCCAUGAUAAAAAGUUCUCAAUUCUACAAACAACGUGAUUUCCCUGGCCAGGUUGGGGCAGGACUGUCUAUAACUCAGACAGGCCAGAGAACUUACCAGGGAAAUGGGUGUAAAAAAUUCUUCAGUCAUACCUCCAACUGUGAUCUUCAACAGUUAAACUCAGGAGAGAAGUCUCAUACAUGUCAUGAGUGUGGGAAAUGCUUCUUUUAUAGCUCAGCACUUCGUAUUCACCAGAGAGUUCACCUGGGAGAGAAACGGUAUAGAUGUGAUGAAUGUGGUAAGGAAUUCAGUCAGAGCUCACAUCUGCAAACUCAUCAGAAAGUCCACACUAUAGGGAAGCCAUUCAAAUGUGAAGAAUGUGGGAAAGGCUUCAGUCGUAGAUCAGAACUUAGUAAUCAUUGCAGGUUACACUCGGGAGAGAAACUUUAUAAGUGUAAGGGAUGUGGGAAGGCCUUCAUUAAUGCUUGCCAUCUUCAGGACCAUCAGAGAGUCCACACUGGGGAGAAGCCGUUCAAGUGUGAUAUCUGUGGUAAGAGCUUUCGUCGUAGAUCGGCACUUAAUAGUCAUUGUGUAGUUCACACAGGAGAAAAACCGUACAAAUGUGAGGAGUGUGGGAAGUCCUAUACUUGGCGUUCACGUCUUCGUAUCCAUAAGAAAGUUCACAUGGGACAGAAACCACACAAAUGUGAGGAAUGUGGAAAGAGCUUCUUUUCUAGGACACAUCUUUAUUACCACCGGAGGUUCCACACGGAGGAGAAACCCUAUAAUUGCAAGGAAUGUGGGAAGAGCUUCAGAUGGGUCUCACCUCUUUUGACACAUCAGCGAGUCCACAGUGGAGAGAAACCAUUCAAAUGUGAAGAGUGUGGGAAGGGAUUUGGUCAGAAAUCAUGCCUGCAAGCUCAUCAGAAAGUCCACACCAGAGAAAAACCAUACAAAUGUGAGGAGGCAUGUGGUAAGCACUUCACUAGGACCUCAAAUCUUAAAGUUCAUCAGAGAGUCCACACUGGAGAGAAACCGUACAAAUGUAAUAUGUGUACUAAGGUCUUCAGUCAGUCUGGACAUCUAAAAUCUCAUCAGAGAGUUCACACAGGGGAGAAACCUUAUAAGUGUAAGAUAUGUGGUAAGCAGUUCAGUUCAAGUUCGUAUGUUAAAAUUCAUCACAGAAUCCAUGCUGGUGAUAAAUUUCAUCCAGUCUCAUAGGAGGGAAACCAUUUAUUUCAGUAACAAUGUUUCUGCCAUAGCUGACUACAUCCCAGUGAUCCCAAGAUCACACAAAUGUGCUAUGUUUAGUUAGAACCUUAGCAGUUACAGUUUUCACUCAAGAAACAGGCUGUUGAAAUAAUCUUUCUUCAGGCACUUAUCAAACUCUAAUGGUGGAUAUUAAAAUUGAUGUCCCCUGAAAUACAAGCUUUGUGAGGGCAGGGAGUUUAUUUUGUGCUGAAUUUAUACAAUCAAUAUUGAGUAGCACUCUGUAUGUGCACUUAGUACUUGCUAAGUGAGUCAAAAGGAAGAGAGAGAAUUAGGGAAGAUGGCAGAGUAGGAGGACCCUAAGCUUUCCUCCUUCCUUAGAUAUAGCUAGACAACAAUCACAUCAGCGUAAGUAACCCAGAAA